GAUGGUGAGAGUUAUACAUAAACUCAGAUGCUGAAAAUAUUUUCUUUUUCCCUUGUAAGAUAAAGAUGUCAACUUCUAUCUUUAAAGUUUGUAUUACUGUUUGUGUGCAUAAAUGAUUCUUAUUAAGUAAAUAUAACGAAAGUGCUGUUAACAGAGAUGCUAUCCAUUUUUAUUUAUUCACUUUUUUUCUAUUAUCCAAACAGGGGUGCUUGAUUUUUCCUUCAAUUUAACCUGAUCAGUGCAAUUAAGUUUAUGUGUCAAGUGUCUUGUGAUAUUGUAGAUGACUUUGAACAAGUGGAGAAAUAUUGGUAUUCAUGAAAGAAAUUUCAUCCCCAUCACCCUGCUUGUAAUUUAUAGACUUUAUGGUAACUCAAAUGCAUGGACAAGUCUCCAUUUGGUAUCCUAUUUUUGUUACUGAUAAGCAUUCUGAAUUUGUGUUACUUGUAUGUUGCUUCAGUAUCUUGAUGACAAGUCACAAAUUAAAGAUGCAGUUAGGAUGGCCGAGAUUGGAUUGACAUCAGCCUGGACGCUUGAUGAUUUUAAGGUUGCAAUCGCCAAGUAUAUUAGCUCUCCACCAAUGUCAGAUACCAACUUAAAGUUUUUCUUUGAGGAGUUACUGGAAAGAGCCAGGGAGAAAGAAGAAAAAGAAGCUAAAAAGCAUAAACGUCUAGCAGAUGAGUUCUAUGAAUUUCUUCAUGCAUCAAAGGAAAUUACUGAAUCAUCGAAAUGGGAGGACUGCAAAUCCCUCUUCGGAGAUAGAAUAAUGGGUGAUGAGGGCUUGCUGCUUGAAAUAUUUAACAAAUUUGUUAAUGAACUAAAAGAGAAGGAACGCAAGCGUCAAGAGGAUAAGGUACUUGAAUUACUACAAACCCUUAUUCUUCUGCUACUUUCGGGUGGGGGUAGUAGAUGUGUGGAUGUGAUUGUGGUUGAUAUUGUUCUGUGAAAAUUUUGACUUUUU